AGUCGCAAAAGAAAAAAUUAUGUCUGGGGAAGUAGAAAUUUAACCGUUCAAUCAAUAGUAUAGUUUUUAUCUAUUCAUAUGAUCAACCAACGAUGAAUAGAAGUAGGCCGUUGUUAAGGGUGACUUCAAGGUGGUAUCUGACCACUGUGCCGUAUACCUCAGGUCCAUUAGGUGUGGAUGGGAGGCUACCCAACUCAGGAAAUGAUUUAAAUAUAUCAGGUCUUGCAAUCACUGAUCCAUUUAUGUUAUAUCAGAAUUAUGUUCAACUGGGUAUAUUGGAGAAAGAUGAAUCUCAAUUAAGAACAAUGAAGGAGUUUCAAAAGUUAUAUCAUCGAGUAUUAGAUUAUUCACCCCCUGAAGAACUUCUGAUCAAAAUAAGUUUAAUCCUAAAGCAGAUUGAAAUCAAACAUUUGAAAGCUAAAGCGAGAGAACAGGGGACUAAGUACUUACCCAUGAGACUUGGGACGUUAGCUAAGCUCUUCGAACGAGAUCCUAUAGCUGAAGAGAAGAAGUUAAUCAGGUUUAUUACUGAUGAAGAAGAGUUAACUAAUUUUGCAUCACCACGAGGAUUAUUGGUGAAUGGAGAAGUAGGAUGUGGGAAAUCAAUGUUAAUGGAUAUAUUUGCAGCUUCCUUACCUCAUAAAUCAAAAAUGAGAUGGCAUUAUAAUAAUUUCAUCUUAUGGGUGUUUUCUGAAAUGCAUAAAAUUCAACAAGAGAGAUUAUUGAAGUAUAGUGUGCAAGGUCAUGGCGAAGCUAAUAGUAAAUUAAGUAUGGAAAAUGAAUUUGUAUUGUUUGAAAUUGCUCAAAAAAUGAUCAAUAAAAAUACGAUAUUGAUCUUAGAUGAGUUCAUGCUUCCUGAUAUUGCAUCAGCUAAUAUCAUUAAGAUUUUAUUUACUUAUUAUUUCAAACUUGGUGGUGUAUUGGUAGCAACAUCAAAUAAAUUACCUGAAGAACUUUAUGCAAAUGAAUUUCAAAAAUCUAAAUUUGAAACAUUCACGAGAAUCCUUAAUAUCAGAUGUGAUUCUGUCGAUAUGAAAUCUUCUAAAGAUUAUCGAACAUUAUUUGCUGAAGCUACCAAUGAAGAAUCUCAAUUGGUGAUUAAACUUGGAAAUGAAAAUGAAGAACGAGAUUGGAAUAACCUUAUAAAACAUCAAGUCUUACACUUAUCCCCAAAAGAAUACGAUACCCCUUUAGAGGAAUUAGGUAAACCUUCACAAGUCACAGUGUAUAAUAGAACCACUCAUAUCCCAUUAACUUUCAAUAACAAUAGUUUAUGUUAUUUAGAUUAUUCGUACAUCUGUCAAGGAUUAUUCUCAUCCUCAGAUUAUAUAACCCUUGCAUCUAAUUAUAAAGUGGUUAUAUUGGAUAAUGUCCCCAUAAUGACAACCAAGAUGAAGAAUGAAGCGAGAAGAUUCAUUACGUUACUAGAUGCGAUAUAUGAAGCCAAAUGUCAAUUUUUCAUGAGAAGUGAAGUUGAUAUUGAUUAUUUAUUCUUUCCCGAUGCUAUGGAAGAUAUAACUGAUGAGAAGAUUGUGGAGAAGUUGAAACAUAUGGAUAUUGAUGAUAAUUCACUUCAAGUUCAAGAUGAGGAAAUGUACUCCAAAACCAAGAUAGCUAUGGAAAAUCCUUAUAGACCAAAUAUUGCAUCAUAUGACGAUCUGAAAAUGGCCAUAUACGAUGAACCAGUAAAGGAGCUUUCAAAGGAGGAAGUGUUCAAGGAUAUGAGAGCAUUUACCGGUGAUGAUGAGAAAUUUGCAUUUAAAAGAGCAGUACUGAGAAUAAAAGAGAUGUUAUUCUCUGAUGCAUGGAGAUCAACUGAUAGAUGGGUUCCAAUAGAUCAAACCAUGAGACCAUGGGAAGGGGUGAAAGAGAAAGAAGAAGUAAUAUUUGCAUCUUCUAGAGUUGAACCUACUCCACAAAAUGUAAAAUCAAUAGAAGCCAUUGAUGUCAAAGUGGUUAAAGAUGCAUUACCACGAGAUAUGGCAACUUCAUAUAAUAUGCCAUUUCGGAUGUUUAAUGCAAUCUUUGCACCCAAAUUUUCAAGUUUACAACAUUUUUGGGCCAUGGGACAAUGGUCAACAGGUCAAGGUAAAAGACUUCGGGAUAAUAUUAGUAAAACAUGGAUAAAUAGUAGUAAAUUUAAUAGAGAUAUUGAUAAAUAGACAUAAUAUAGAUAAGUAGAAAACUUACCAUCAAUUAAUCAAUUAGUUCUCAAAACAAUGUAUAUUUGAAAAUCCGAGGAAAAUGGGGAAAAAGGAAAAAUCAUC